AUCUACUUCUAGAGGACUGUAAGAGGAAUGCUUCAAAUAAUGGAUUUCUCAACCGAUAAAGGAGAACCAGAGGAAUCGGAGAUAUCGUCUUUAUCUAAAUCUGAGGAAGAUGUUUAUUCAUUAAGGAGUUGGAUGAAGAAAAGAGAAAAUCUGUUCAGGUUGCGAGGAGAAAGGGUUGAGCGUGUUUGUGAAAAGUUUAAUGUAUCAUUAAUCACAUCUUCCAGUUCUAUUACAGACUAUAUUAACAAACAAACUAAAAUGGAUAAAGUUCAUUUUGUUGAAAGAAUAUCCCUAGAUCAGUUCUCAUUAUCCCGCCCACACAGAACAAUGGGCUGCCUCAUCAAUAAGGUUGCAUCAACCUCUUUCAACAAGGCACUACUUUUUCUGGAUGGAUUUCCUGUCCGGAACAUCACCAGUCCUCAUGCAUUCAAGAGCAAACUCAAUCCAAAGAAUGAAGAAGAAUUGAAAUUUGCUGAGAAACAUUUCACAAAGUUUAUGAUUGUCAGAGAGCCCAUGGAAAGAUUGGCAUCCUGCUAUCUCGAUAAGGCUGUUACUAAUACACAUUGGAGUUUAGGAGCUUUCAGAAAAGGGCUGGAAAAGUCAGCGUACCAAAAAGACUGA